UGGAGGGAAAAAUAAGAUGGAGGUCCCAUAUGGCAACUUUUCUGGAAGAAGGAAACUUUGUUUUUGUUACAAAUAGUGGAAAAUUAGGUCGAUUUUCGUCGAUGUUUCUCACAGUUUAGUCACAGACGACGUAUGAGAUGGCAGACAGCAUGCAGAGAAGUCCCACUUGUCCGAACUGUUGCAGAAAUUUCGUCACACGAGACCAGGGGAACUCCUGUUACCCCCUGCUGCUGAAGUGUGGCCAUACUUUCUGUGAGGGGUGCCUGAUCAGACUGGCCAGGCUACAGAAGACAACCAUUGCCUGUCCAACAUGUCAGGUCAAUACCCCACUACCGAAAGCAGAACAAAGUGUCCGCAGCCUAUGGCCAGAUAUCUACACCCUUGGACUGUUGGUGGUCAACAAGCGUUUUUCAUUGGAAAAUGGAGGGGCCAUCAAACCAUCACAAAAGAGCAGAAACACUGUUGACAACGGCGACCUCGCUUCUCCUCCUGCUGUGGACAAACAGAAGAAACAUGUGUCAAAGUGUGCAGAAUGCAACACCAGGAAUGCUUCUUGUAGAUGUGCCAAGUGUGAGUGUGAUCUAUGCGGGCUCUGCUUUGACAAGGUGCACAAAGUAUCACGUACCCUGAUGAGACACCAGGCAUCUCCACUGACACCAGAUGGAAUGACCAGUGGCUGCCAGGCACACAACAAUCGGAUCAUAGAGUUCUACUGUGAGGAUGACAGGUCCUCCAUCUGUUCUCACUGUGUAGUCAUGGGUGACCACAAAAACCACAACAUUGUAUCCAUCCUUGAUAAGAACAAAGAGGUUGCAGCUGAAAUUGAGCCAGCGUUACUGGUGGCCAAAGCUGCUCUGAGGAGAAUAAAGGAGGCCGAUAAGGUCCUGACUGAUGCCAUCCCAGGGUUGAGGACUGAGGUAGCACAGCUAACACAUGAACUCAGGACACACUUCCAAAUGUUACAUGGUGCACUACAGGCCAGGGAGAUAAGUUUGCUGGAACAAAUAGAAGAGGCAGGAAAAGCCCAGGUCCAGCCACUGGAGGGCAUGAGAAACACCCUUGUUGAGCAUGCAAAGAUGCUGGAUUCUUUAGCAAAAGAUGCACACAGAGCCUUGAAGAACACACAGACCCUGCUGAAUGCCACAGAGAUAGUGGACAAGUUGUCAUCAGCUGAUGAUCUGCCCUGCUGUGCUGUAGCUUCAGAACAGAAAGGACCAAACAUACAUUGUUCCUUGAACAAAAGCCUGGUGGAUGUCAUCAGUUCUUAUGGCACAGUGGAAAAUAACUCCAAUCCAAGAUAUGACCUGAGGCGUAUCAGUGAGGUCCCACCAGAGUGGGUACAACAGAUGCCUGUACAACCAGCAGAAAAUCAAGGCCUGGCUGAACUCAAUGGGGCGGAGUCUGACAGUUCUGUGGACAGGUUUGGGUCUCAGGACUCCAGUCAUGGAGGGGAGGACACCUCCAGUAAGGACAGCAGUCCUCGGCAGAAGAGAAAACAGAGAGUCAGGACCAGCUGGAAACCAAGUCGUUGGGAGCUGGUGUUUGUGACCCACAUCAAACACCCCUGUCACUUCCUGGUGCAGAGACUGUCAGAUAACGACCGUGUGGAUGCCAUGAUGAAGGCCAUUAACAGGUUCUGUAACAGUCAGGACCCAGAACAUGUCAGCAGGGACAACAUAGCAGUAGGUGACCUGUGCCUUGCACAGUACAGUUUUGACCACAAGUGGUACCGAGGCAGGAUCAGGGCCAUGUCAGGAGGGACUUCGGACGACUCCUCAGACAGCGGGACAGACAAGAAGGAACCCAUGGUGGAGGUGGCUUAUGUAGACUACGGAAACUCUGAACUGGUACCCAUCAGAAGGCUGCGGAAGAUGCCCCAGAGAUUCCAGACUAUCCCUGAAAUGUCCAUGUGCUGUUCUCUGGUCGACAUAGUCCCAAUUGAUAAGGAAACAGGAAAGUGGUCCCAGGAAGCUAUACAAGCUUUUGCUAAGAUGGUUGGAGACAAGCCAGUUCUAAUGAAGAUCCUGAAUCAUUCCGGAAGUCUACUGCAGGUAGAUCUACACAAGCCACCUAAUGAAGACAUAGACACAGACAUGCCAGUGUCCCUCCGUGAUGCCCUGGUGUUCCUGGAGGUGGCCUACCUCAGGUCACCACACUCCGUACCAUCCUUUACUGCCUCUGUCCUGCAGCCCAGAAGGAAGUUCCUGCCAGCUGAACCACUGCUGCAGGGUCAGGACAUCCCUGUGUUAGGCAGCCAUGUCAUGGGACCGGACCUCUUCUAUGUACAAGUCAUCAGUGUAGCAGAAGCACAGUACAUGAGAGACAUGAUGACUCAAAUGCAGGAGUUGUACAAUCAAGACCAGGGUGAAGAUUGGAGCAUUCUCUGUCCACAUGAAGGCAUGGUGCUGGUUGCUAAGUAUGAGGAGGAUGACCUAUGGUACAGGGCACAAGUUGUGGAUCUUCCAGGUAACAAGCAGGUGGACAUCACAUAUGUGGACUUCGGGAACUCUGCCCGUGUCACCUGUUCACAGCUGAAGAAGAUACCAGACAAGUUUCUCAAACUCCCUGUACAGGCUGUCCCUUGUGUCCUGGCAGAUGUGGAGCCUCGAGACGUUUCCAAAGGAUGGUCGGACGAGGCACGUCUCCAGUUCAACCAGAUGGCCCUGUUUAAGAGCCUGGUGGUGAAUGUGCAGGGGAAGACAGCCGACUCCAAACUCAAGGUGCUGCUGUAUGACUCACUGGACAAACAGACAUGUAUCAACAGUCUUCUGGCACAGGAGGGACAUGGAACCUUCACUGCACAGGGGUCACAACCAGUACCAGUACCAGUACCAGUUGCAGUACGUGAGGAGACAGUGGGUGAGGAGAGUGUAGACAUACAGGUACCAGAGGAGCCGGCUGGAACAGACAUCCAGGAAGUCCCACUCACACACUCCUCAUCUGUAGAACUGGAACCUACCCUGCCACUGGAGCCACAGCCUCCCAGAGAAGACAUACCAAAGGCACCUGAGACCUGCCCCAAUGGUAAUGACCUGGACAUUGAUCCGUGCCUAGCGCCCCCUAUCCAAGAGGGAGAGAACUGCCUGCCUGUCACUGUCUGUCACGUGGAGUCACCUGCACAGGUGUUUGUACAGCUGGCAUCGGCUGGGGAGGACGGAUUAGACAGAAAAAUACUGGACUUCAUAAGUCUGAUGUCAGAGAUGGAGGAACACUACAGGGACAGUGAACCCAGCCUCAUCUCCUGGAAGGAACAGGAUAUCUGCUGUGUCAAGUACUCAGUGGACAACAGGUGGUACAGGGGCAGGGUCAGCAGCAGUAAGGGCAACAACAGCUUUGAGAUCUUCCACCUUGACUACGGUAGUCGAGAAGUCGUGUCGGUGGACAACCUCCGUCCCCUACCGGAGAAGUUCCAGUACCUGCCAGCCUUCGCUAUCUGCUGUCACCUGGCCAACCUUGUGCCUGCAGGUGGCAAGGACACCUGGACAGCUACAGCGUGUGAGUUCCUCACCAGCCUGGUUACCGGCAUCCCCUGCACCCUGGUCACCAAGGGUCCAGUAGAAGAAGGGUCCCUGCCUGUGGACCUGCUGUAUGAACACAGAGUGCAGGAGACAGCCCUGACUGCUGCCAAGGCCAGUCUCAUCAGUGUCAGUCAGAGUCUCAUCCACGAGGGAGUCGCACUCAAGAAGAAAAGGACAAAUAUAUCACUGAAGUCUGAAUCAGGGGCCGCACCCCAGCCUGCAGAAAACACAGCUACUGUAGACCACAACUACAAUGUCAAGAACAUCUCCGAGGAGCCAGUGGCAUCAGGAGAAGCAGACAAGAUACCCGGGGAAGAGGAGGAGGAGGUCUGUGAGAAGUGGAGGUUCAGGAAACCACUCCUCCCAGCCAAGGAACAGUUCCCUAUAGCCAUCACUUUCAUCAACUCUAAAGCUGUCAUCUAUGGGCAGGAGAUUAAGGAAGACAACAGCACUCUGGAGGACAUGAUGUUAACGCUUCAGAAACAGAACGAGAUGGGUCCAGAACUGACCAAUGGGAACAGCUGUUACAAGUGGAAGGUGGGAGAGCCCUGUCAGGCACAGUUCACACAAGACCAGCACUGGUACAGGGCCAGGGUGCAGAAAGUCACCGAACAGGGUGUUGAGGUACAGUAUGUGGACUUUGGUAACACAGAGGUUCUACCAGCUCACAGUUUGAGAAGACUGACAAAUCUGAUGGCUAUCCCACAACAGUGUCUGGAGAUGGAACUGUUCGGUGUCUGGCCGAUCUCCCCUGAUGGGGCGUGGCCGACAGAAGCUGUCCUGUUUCUCCUGGAGAAUGUGAUGGGACAGACAUGCCUGGCUAUUCUUAAGAGUAAGCCGUCUAAAGGCCCCCUGCGUGUGGAGCUGGUACUGGGGGAUGGACAGAAUGUGGGAGAGAUGAUGGUGAACAGAGGACUGGCAGCACCAGGGAAAAAACCUUGUGGAGAACUCAUGUACCCAGCUGGAGAGGAGGUGACUGAACUGUUGGACAGCCUGAAGGCAGUUCAGAGGUCCCCCCAGAGGUUAGCUGCUCUGAAGGGCGUGCCGGCAGAAGAGCGGGGCUACCAGACCCCGUCAGACGACGACAGCUGUUGUGAUGAGGAUGACGCGGCGUACUGUCCACCCUUCACCCCCGCCAUACUGCCUCCACCCGGUCAACACUUCAAAAUCAACAUCACACAUGUGGACCAGCCCAACCAGAUGUAUUUCCAGCGUGUUAUGUCUGCUGAUGAUGGUAAAGAUAAUGAAGAUGACCCUACACUAGCAGAGACUCAGCACCAGCUCCAGAUGCUGGAGACCAUUACUGACGAGAUAGUGGCCCAAGUCGACACUUUCCAUCCACUGGACAAUAUUAUAGCUGGGAUGGCCUGCUGUGCCUGUUACACCAUGGAUGACAGCUGGUACCGUGCACAAGUCAUCAGUGUGCAGUCCCUGGACCCUCUGGCUGUCUGGGUCCUGUAUGUGGACUAUGGCACCUCUGAACUCCUCAUGGCUGAUAGACUGAAGCAGCUGCCUGAGCGUUACCAGACCUUACCCAUGCAGGCCACCAAGUGUACCCUUCUGGGUGUCCAGCCUGUAGAACUGACCGGUCAGGAGUCCGGCCUGCUCCCGGAGAGCAACUGGACACACCAUGCCCUCAAGGCCAUGAUAACAGCCGUGGACAACAAGGUGCUCACAGCCUGUAUCAAGGACCCAGGCCCCCCUCCCUCCCUCCUCCUGUUUGAAAGCAUCAGCCCCAAACCCCGUCUGGUGGUUCAGUCCCUGGUGGAGCAGGGUCUGGCUGUGCCUGAUACCACAGGCCUGGAGGGGCUGGAGUGGGUGUUAGAUAACAUGGCAGACGCACAAUCACCUGGGAACAAAGAAAUCAGUGAAGAAGCACUGGAGCAAGAACUGGACUAGUGUUAGACAACAUGGCAGACUCACA